AGUUUAGCCACGGCGCCACAUGGAGGCUAUUUUGAAGAACUUGGGAAACACAGUGGAAGUACUUGCCGUUUCACAGACUGUCUUCGUGAAUGAAUGGGAUAAUCAAACGGUGGUUAGAGCAUUUCAAUGGGCAAGGUACUGUGAACAAGUCUAUACUCGCUUCCACACAACCCCCUCCAUCCGAGCGGCUUUAGAGACCCGUCUUAAUCAAACAAAUGAGCGGCUUGCGGAGACCUUCUCGGGCUAUCGUUUCCUGACGCUGUCUGAUCUGGCGCAGUGUCAGCACAGGUUGUUCGCCGGUCUGUUAAGAAACCCAGUAGUUCCGUUGUCCGUAAUCAAAUCACUUUUUGACAAGUUUCCUUCGUUUGAAGAUGGUGGAAGUCCAGACGAGCAGAGCAAUGAAACAGAUUCGGAUCUCAUCGGUUUCAUUAGGCGCCGCUCAGCGUGUGACAUAUUGUGCUCCCUUGCGGUGGAGCGAAAGGAAUCUUGUGGCUUGUCCCGGGCCUCGCAAGUUCAAGGCAAGUUGCUCUUGCAGCGCAUUGAGGCAGUACAGUGCCGCCCGGACAAUGAUUCUUAUGCGAGGACAUUGUUGGAUAGUUUCCUUCAGGACAGUGGAGGUUUGGGCAACUUUUCUGAGGUAAUUGCUGCUGCGCUCCUGUCGGGAUACCGUGAGGACGCUACAGCUCAAGAUUUUCUCUUGAACUGGCUGCAAGGGCAUCGUGACGUUCUCCACAGCAUGUGUCAAUCGUUACAACCUGCACUGUGUACCAAACUUUCCCAACAGUGUCCAACAUUUAAACUUAUUUACUGGGACAGUUUAAAAAAGUGGGCAUCCUCCUUGGAGUACAAUGUGAGUGACCAAGUGUGGGUUCAGAAGUGCAGCAAUGCUGUGUCAUUCAAAUCAGUGGCGGACCGUGUGAAGUCCUUAUGGAGUUCAGGUUCACCAUUGAAAGAGGAGAUGGAGAAAGAUCUGGAAGUACUUAAACAGACAGAUGGGGACUUUGAGGUCCAUGGGCUGAGUGUCUGGACAGAUCUGCUCAAUUAUCUUAAAUGACUGCAGUUUUCUCAACUUUGGGAUUGCUACGGAGGAAAAACAAAGUGAACUUGUAAGAACAUUAUAUAACACUGGAAGAAUGGCAUUCAUUUACUUGUGUGACAGAACCUAUGUCAUCAUUAGGUAGUCUGCUGAAAAUGUUUCUUUAUUGCAGUGAUGUCAUCCUGUAGAUUUUCUCCCUUGUUUGAGGUCAGUCAACUUUACUUUUAGCAGCUGUAAACUUUGUUUUUUAUUUGUGUAAUGGAAUAAAUCUGUAGCAAACGGGGAGAUCAUUUUCUUUAACUGCAGAUACAAAGCUUGACCAUCCUGUUGUAAAAGCUGUCAAACUCUCCAUAAUUUAAAACCAUUUGUGUAAUGAAAAUAAAUAUAUUUUUGUUU